CACGGGCAAUAACAAAUCACUGCACUGUGGUCGCCAUAUUGGAAAAUUUUCUCUUGGAAGUACGCACGGUACAGUGCGAGUGUGGGGUACUUUGAAGUGUGUGUGCAGUUAUUUACCUGCCAAGCUGUCAGUAGAGGAACCGAAGGUAGCGGAAAUAGGUGCACUUGUGUGAGUGUGUUCACGGGUGUAGGCACAGGAACGAGGCUAGCUUUUCAACACGCAGUUAUUUUCCUAUGCUGUGAUCAGUGUGAUGUUUUGUUUACAAGGAAUGUGAUUUUUUAAGUUGAAGAAAGAUUUGAAUCAAUAUUGUGGUUUUCAAGCUGAUAGUUUGUGCCGUGUUUAACUCCACUGCGAAAUAAGUACGGCAAUUUUCUGCUGGCAAACGGUUCGCAAUAUUUUGGUCUUUUAAUGGCGUCUGGAAGCGCUAGUGGAAGCACCAGUAGCAGCAGCAGCGGAAGUUUAGCAAAGGAUGAUUCCAAAUGGUACUUUACGUCGGAGCAAUUGGCUAAUUCACCCAGCCGCAAAUGCGGUAUGGACGCUGAUCAGGAACUCAUGUACAGGCAGCGCGCGGCGAAUUUGAUCCAGGACAUGGGCCAGCGGUUGCAAGUAUCUCAACUUUGCAUAAACACCGCAAUCGUGUACAUGCACCGGUUUUACGCAUUCCAUUCGUUCACACACUUCCAUCGAAACAGCAUAGCAGCUGCUUCACUUUUCCUGGCCGCUAAGGUAGAGGAACAACCACGAAAGCUCGAGCACAUAAUCAAGGUCGUACAUAUCUGCUUAGGGCUGGAAGCACCUGAUCCGUUGAAGGAAAGCUACGCAGAGCAGGCACAGGAUCUGGUGUUUAACGAAAAUGUUCUACUACAGACGCUUGGCUUUGAUGUGGCCAUCGACCAUCCUCACACGCACGUCGUUAAGACGUGCCAUUUAGUCAAGGCUUCUAAAGAUCUAGCCCAAACAUCUUACUUUAUGGCGUCUAAUAGUUUACAUCUGACGACCAUGUGUUUGCAAUACAAACCUACAGUAGUGGCUUGUUUCUGCAUACAUUUAGCUUGUAAAUGGUCCCGAUGGGAGAUUCCCCAGUCGAAUGAAGGUCGUCAUUGGUUUCAUUACGUGGAUAAGACCGUUACGCUGGAUCAGCUUAAGCAGCUGACUGACGAAUUCCUUCACAUCUUUGACCGUUGUCCGACUCGGUUGAAGAGUAAGAUGAAAUCGAUACGCGCUGACCAAGCACAAUCGGAUGAUCCGAAUCGGAGAAGCGCAAGUAGUUCCUCCGGAAUGCCGGGCUCCUCGUCGUCCAUUCUGCGGGGCAUCGACGACGCUGGCUCGUCGUCCUCUAGUCACCAUCGGUCAUCGUCGCAUUCACAGCAUUCGCACUCCAAGCAAAGCUCUUCUAGUGGUGAAAUGUUGAAAGCACAACCAACAUCGUCCUCCAGUCAUAAAAUGUCAUCUUCGUCGGGUAGCUCUCGUUCCCGUACUGAUCGACCGGCAUCGUCAUCAUCAUCACAGCAACAGCAGCAAGGGCUGGGGAUUGGCGGUGGAGGUGGUAGUCAUUAUGGGACGAGUAGUGCCGUUGGCAAAAUGCAGACUGCACCACACCACGGUAGCAGUCGGUCCGGCAUACCUUCGCAGUCGUCUUCGACGUCGGCUCGUCCUGGUUACACGCACGAGGGUACACGGGACCCUAAAAGUCGCCUAAUGGCCAAUGCGACAACGGGCGGAUCCUCUUCAAUGAACCCGUACACUCAAAGUAAAAUGGAUCGUCACGGCAUUAGUCAGAAAGGUCAAUCGCAUGCGGAUGGCAAGAAUUUGUCAAAAUCUCAAAGUUCCAUGAUGACAUCGUUGUUCAGCAAUAAUCCGGAUGUUACUUCAAGAUCAUCUUCUUCAACCAUUAAACAGCCUCAGGUAUCCUACGGAUUGCAUCCCCCCAGCUACAGUCAAACGAUGAGUGGUCGAAGUAAUACUUUGCCUCCGACUGAAUCUGUUUCCGUCCCUAACCAGCAGCUAAAAAAUCCAUUGCAACAGAAACCGGAUCCCUCAUUCCGGCUAGUUGAUGAUAAUAAUCGAUUAGCAGAUCCUAUGAACAUUUGCACACCGCCUAAACAAAUGAAAACUUCAUCGAUUUUCAGUCCUGAUUGGAAAGACAUGCAGGUAGAUAAUGCUAACGCUAAUAUAAGCAAUUCUACCAACGCUGGUAGUGGUGGAAAGGCUCGCUCUCAAGGCAAUCCUCCUGGUUUGACGAAACCCAUUAAGGAGAGUCCUAGCAGCAGGGAAAAGAAGCCAAUACUGCCAUUAUUCACAGAUCAGAUGUCGCAAAAACAACGUUCAGAAACACCUAAGAAAGAUCGUCGUUCAGAAGCUGGCUCCAGCGGAAGCCACCAACCCAAGUCUGCCGAGAAAAAAUCAUCUACCUCCUCCAGCUCCUUGAAUACUAGCUUGAAGAGAUCGUUGGAAGCUCCGACGAUAUCUGGUUUGCACGCUAGCAAUACGAUUGAUACUGCCGAUCUUUUGGGUAUUAGCAAACUUCCCAGCACUGGUCAAGUACCGAUAAAAAGAUCAUUUCCUAACAGCGACCAAAUUCGAAAUGACGACGGAACUGAUUUUCGGGAAUCAAAGGUACGAAAAGUGGAAAUAUCUUCUCCAUCGGAUCAAUUAUUCGCCUCAACUUUCGAUUUGGCGAAUACUUUCGACAAGCAAGAUGAUGGGUUUUCCCUAUUUUCGUUCAAUGACCCAGGAUCACUGUUGUCGCAACCUUUAUUGAGUGAUUCCAAACCGACCAUCAGCAAAAGCAUUUUUCCUAGUACGAUUAAUGGAAUAGAAACCAAUCCGGCUCUAGUUAGUAGUUUGCUAAAAGAGAGUCUUUGCAGCAAUGAGAGCAAAUUCGGCACCCUAAGUAGUACUACUAACAAUAGCAGUAGCACAGCGAUUGUGACUACUACGGCGAGUUCGUAUGUUGGAGCCGUUUGUUCUCAAUCGUCGUCGUCGUUAUCCAAUAGUGCUUCUUUAACUUCUAGUAUGAGUACAUCUUCAUCAGCAAAUCUAACGUCCAAUGUACCUGUCACGGUGAAAACCGAGCUUCCGCCAAUAGACGUGAAUGCUCCAUCGACAAUCAGUAGUAUACUUGCUCAACCUGUAACUUCACUUCCUGCAAUGACUUCGGCAUUGUCUGCUACUGGUUCAAUGAAUGCAGGUGCAGGUGCUUCUGAAGCACCUGCUGUUCGAACCGAAGUCCAGACUCUCACAGGCGAUGCUCUCGUAGUUCCUACCAGAGGUGACGAAAAUCAUCGCAUAAAAUCGGAAAAGAAGAAGAAAAAAGAUAAACACAAGCACAAAGAAAAGGACAAAUCGAAAGACAAGGACCGCGAGGAGCGUAAAAAGCAUAAGAAGGACAAAGAUCGCCAUCGUGAUCGCGACCGGGAUAAAUCUGACCUCAGCACUGACCCAACACCUGGUCCAAUAAAAAUUAAACUUCCCAAGGAUAAGCUGAAUCUCCCAUCGCUUCCCGACGGUGCGGCUAUCAACAAUCCCCCGCCAUCCGAUACUGGGCUGAAAAUCAAAAUUCCAAAAGACAGACUAUCUGGUUCAUCAUCGCUUGGUGCCCAAACUGCGGGAUCGACCACGAGCGGAAAUGCCCCCUCCAGUUCUUCUAGUGGUGCAGUACCGGCACCAAGUUCACUCAAAUUAAAAAUCUCCAAGGACAAAAUUGAUCACUACAACAUCAGCGCUGGUGGUGACAAUAGCCAUAACAAUGGCUCAGGAUAUGUUCACAACACCGCGAAUAGCAGCAAUACGAGCUCUCACCAUGGUCACAGUAGCAAGAAGAAAGAUCGCGAAAAAGAUCGUGAAAAAAGCAAAAUUAGCAGAUCGGCGGUUUCCGCUGCUUCAAUGGAAUAUAAUAAGCAAAACGGCAACGGCGGUGGAAGUGCGUCAGUCAGCGGGCAGUCCGGAAAUUUUCCCAGCAAAUCAGCUUCUAGCAAGCAAACUGUGCAAUCCACACAACAGCAGCAAUAUUCCGCUUACAAUGUUAAUACACCUAAGGUUGCAGCAGCUCCACACCAUCCAGCUAGUUUCGAUUACAUGCAACAUGCACAGGCACCAACGCUUCAGCAGCAGCAACAGUACUUCAACCAAUUCGGUACAUUUAAUGUCCAACAACAGCAACAGCAGCAAAUGAUGGUCAAUAAUAAUGCUACCAAGAUUCCUAGCACCGUACUACCGCCUUAUUACUACAACUCUAGUAAUCAGAAUAAUGGUAGCAAUUCUGCCAAAAAAUAGCUUUUUCGCGACAGUUUGGUUUCAUUCGUAGCUAGGACGUGUAAAAAUGUGAAUACAACUAGGCUUCCUAUAUUUGCUCUUUCAAGUUAAGUUUCUCUCCUUGCCGUAGGCGUUUCUUACAGUUGUUCAGACAAACUAAGUAAUGUAUGCAAUUUUUUUUUAUUUAAUCACUGUUUUCCUAUUCUACUGAGCAAAACAUACAGCAUAGUAAUUAUAUAAUAAACUACUAAAUGCCCAUAAAGCAAUAUUUGGAGUUUCGAUAUUCAAUCACAUUUGAGAACAUUAGUCUUCGACAGUGAAAGAACGAAGAUAUUACGGUCUUCGAUAACAGUGCAGUAAACCUUUGAUAAGCUAAAUAACAUCAAGGGCAUGAUUUGAUCAAUCUAAAUUACCCCUUUCGUGAUAUACUUCAUGAAAAGGCCAACUACACGUUAAUAAUAAUAAUUAUGAACACCAUACGAUAGAUAAAGAGUGGCAUGUGUAACAAAGAAGCAAAUUAAAAGAAAACUUGCAGAUAGGUCUACAAGUAAAAGUAAAGUCUGAAUCUGAGAAGUGAACACUUUAAAUCAGUAAUAAACAGCACCUAUCAACACCAGGCCUGUAUCUGUCGAUUCGUGAAACUAUAUUGUACUGGUUAAUAUCUGAAACAGAGAUGAAGGUAGUUAGAAAAUUGCAGUGUUACCGUUCAUUGUGCACUACGACUGAAUAGUGAACAAGUGCGGGUGACCGACCACAUUCGGUAAUCAAUUAAAGGUUCAUUUGCUGCAGAAUGUUACAAA